AUGGACGGGAAGGUCGUCGGUGUCCUCGGCGGUGGCCAGCUCGGACGAAUGCUCAUCGAAGCCGCAAAUCGCCUGGGCGUCCGAGUGAACAUCCUGGACAGCCCGGGCGCGCCAGCUAAACAAAUCAGCGCACACGACGGUCACGUUGAUGGCUCGUUCAAAGAUCGCAAAGGCAUCGAGGAGCUGGCAUCGCGGUGCGACGUGCUAACCGUCGAGAUCGAACAUGUCGAUACCGAGGUCCUGGAAGACGUUCAGGAAAAGUUUGAGAAUGUCAUUAUCGAGCCGAGCUGGAGCACGAUACGGCUGAUCCAGGAUAAAUACCGCCAAAAAGAGCAUCUCGCGUCACAUCAAGUGGCCACCGCGGAGUCGGUCGCACUGGACAGCAACUCGGAGGAAGAGCUGCGGAAUGUCGGGAGUAAAUUGGGUUAUCCGUUCAUGCUGAAAUCAAGGAAAGAAGCCUACGAUGGCCGUGGCAACUUUCCUGUGCGUUCAGAGGAAGAUGUUCCUGCGGCACUUCAGGCGCUGGGUAAAAACGCGCUGUACGCGGAACGGUGGGCGGACUUCAAGAUGGAGCUGGCGGUCAUGGUCGUCAAGACGCAAGAUGGCACGCUGGCUUUCCCCACUGUUGAGACGCAUCACGAGAACAGUGUGUGCAAGCUCGUGUGGGCGCCAGCACGGGAUAUACCUAGGGAUGUGACGAAGAAGGCACAGGACUUGGCCAAGAAGGCUGUGGCAGCCUUCGAGGGUAAGGGUGUAUUUGGCGUGGAGAUGUUCUUGUUAAAGGACGGCUCGUUGUUAAUCAAUGAGAUUGCACCUCGACCGCACAACUCGGGCCAUUACACAAUAGAAGCCUGCCCAAUCUCCCAAUACGACGCCCACCUGCGCGCGAUCCUCGACCUCCCAAUCCCAGAAUCAAGCCUCCGCCUGCGAGAACCAGCAAUCAUGCUCAACAUCCUCGGCGGCAAAGCCGCAGACUCCCAUAUCGCCUUCGUCCGCGACCACGCUCUCGCCAACCCGCGCACCAGCAUCCAUCUCUACGGCAAAGCCGAAGCGCGCCCCGGCAGGAAAAUGGGCCACGUGACAGUAACCGCUUCAACAAUGCGUGAAGCCGAAACCUUGAUUCAGCCGCUCAUUGAUGCUGUCGAUGACGCCGCCGGCAAGCCCCUCGGUCCGCGCGAAACGAAGCAGGAGAAGCCGCUUGUGGCCGUCAUCAUGGGGUCGGACUCCGACAUGCCGGUGCUCAAGGGCGCAUUCGAGAUUCUGCGGAAGUUCGGCAUCUCCUAUCAGGCGCGGAUCCUCUCUGCGCACCGUACGCCGGACCGCAUGUUCGACUUUGCCAAGCGCGCGGAGGGGGAGGGCUUCAGAGUCAUUAUAGCCGCGGCGGGCGGCGCGGCGCAUUUACCUGGUAUGACGGCGUCAGACACCGUGCUACCUGUUAUCGGGGUGCCAGUCCGGGCAUCGCAUCUGGAUGGGCUGGAUAGCUUGCUCUCGGAGGUGCAGAUGCCGAGGGGGGUGCCGUGUGCGGUUGUUGGGAUUAACAAUUCCACGAAUGCGGGAUUGCUUGCCGCGAGGAUAUUGGGGGUUGCGGAUGAGAGGAUUAGGAGGGCGAUUAGGGAACAUCAGGAGGCGUCUUGGGAGGAGGUUAAGGCGAAGGAUGAGAGGUUGAAGGAGAUUGGGCCGGAGGAGUAUUUGAAGGGUAUGGGGAAAUGA